CCCCCCUACAUGUGAUGGAAGAAGUUGGCUUUUCAGAAACAACUAAGAUGCCAGGGAGAAGAAGCACACUUGCUUUUUGUUCUUGGGUGCAGGCUGGGCUGCCGUGUCUUCUGAGUUCCCCUGGGAUGCCUUGAGCUCUGGCGUAUGGACUGGAAGGACAUGUUCUGCUGCUUCAUGACUGAGGAGAACUUCCCAGGCUUUUCUCUUGUGUCAGCUGUAGAGAAGAUUCGGUUGCUGGGCACAACAAACCCAGAGCAGCUGGCUAUUGUGAGGUCAAGGCAGCGGUGUCACGUCACGGUGCUCUCAGCACAGCGACGUCCCGGUGUGCCCAAGGCCUGGUUGUCCAGAGCAGCUUUUCCGCUCGCUCCCUGCAGGAGGAUCCUUGCGCCCAAGGAGUUCUCAGCAGACGGCCUGCACGCCGAGAGGAGUCUUGCUUUUCCCCUUGGCUGGCAUUCAGUGUGCAAACCCGCAGAGCACGGCCAAAAUGUUCGGGCGGGUCUGUGCCGCGGUUUGCACCAUCUUUUCUGUUGCUUAUUCUAGAUAUUACCUGACCCACCUGACUCGUCACCUCACACGUGGAUGGAGACAAGCCUGUGCUUUGGGCUCAGCCGCAGGGUCAGCGCCUCGUCUGGCUGGCACUGUUACUGAGGGAGAGGCUGAAGAGGAGCAAAACAGCAUCAAGCCUCCAGCUGCUGUCCCUCCACAGGCUGAACUUGCAGAGCCACUCAAGACAGGCUCUGCGAUUCAACGUGCCGCUGGACCAGCGUCGCCUGCAGCAGCCAGCUCUCCCCCAGCUGCCAGCACUUCAUCCGGCAGCCCAGCCCAGCAGCCCGAGAUGAGAGAGGAGCAGGGCCUGAAGACACUGAGGAGCAUUGUGAGUCUGGGCGAGCCAAUGAAGAAAUACAGGGCAUUUGAAGAACUUGGACGAGGGGGCUUUGGAGCUGUUUCUAAAGCCCUCGACACCAGCACAGGACAACAGGUGGCCAUCAAGAUAGUGUCUCUUCAGGAGAAGACGUCCGAGGAGCUGGCUGUCAAUGAAAUCCUGGUGAUGAGGGACACCAGGAAUCCCAAUAUUGUCAGCUACUUAGACAGCUACCUGGUGGAUGCGGAGCUCUGGCUGGCGAUGGAGUUCAUGGAUGGCGGCACGUUGUUUGAUGUGCUCAGGGCAGUGUACCUGGAGGAAGGAGAGAUAGGCGCCGUCUGUCGGGAGUGCCUGCAAGGACUGCAUUUCCUCCAUUCCCGCCGAGUCAUCCACAGAGACAUCAAAAGCUGCAACGUUCUCCUGGGCAUGGACGGAUCUGUCAAGCUGGCUGACUUUGGCCUCUGCGCUCAGCUCAGCCCUGAGCGCAGCAAGCGCAGCUCCAGAGUGGGCACUCCCAGCUGGAUGGCCCCGGAAGUGGUGAGAGGAGAAGCCUACGGCCCCAAAGUGGACAUCUGGUCCCUGGGGAUCAUGGGGCUGGAAAUGGUGGAAGGGGAAGCUCCUUACGAGAGGAUAGCCCGUGUCAGGGUUUUUGAACUGAUAGAAAUGAACGGGCCCCCAAAACUGCAGAACCCCAGGCACCACUCGGCUCUCCUGUGCGACUUUCUGCGCUGCUGCCUGCAGGCAGACGAGGACAGGCGCUGGUCUGCCCAGGAACUCCUGCAGCAUCCGUUUGUGACCUCAGGCGAGCCAGCCUCCAGCCUGGCUGCUCUGGUCACCUCAGCCAAGCAAGUGCUGGAAGACUGGAGAGGAGACGCUUGCGCCUGAAGAGGCCCUUGUUAAUGUAUCAAACCAGAUUAUUUUUUCUGUUCAACAAUUAGAUUCUCUUUAUGUGUUCAUUACAGUGCUGAUUAUGUCAAGUUAAAACAAUAAAUAAAGAUAAUUACAUUAA